AUGAGUCUCGACGCGCAGGCCGCCCAGUUGCUGGCUGGGAUGGCUCAAGGCCACGACCAUAGCCAUGACUUGGACUAUAGGUCAGAUGGGGGAUGGGCCAGACCAGGCCAAACAACACAGAUGGACGAUAUUCUGAACGCUUCAGCUUGUCUUCUGGCCUUGUGCAAGCACCUUGGCACCGAAUUUCAAGGCCUCACCACUAGGAUCGCCAACGCGACUGGCUUUUUAAACGAUCAUCUCCAGAGGAUGGACCUCGCCGCAACGAUACCUGUGGGCUUUGAGCUUCUUUUGCCAGCACUUUUGACAUUGCUGGAACAAGAAGGGGUACUACUAAAGUUUCCAGCAUACGAACAACUCCUCGCAAUGCGUGAGAAAAAGUUGGCGCGUAUAGAUCUCGAUAGUCUUUACUCGGGAUCCCAAUCCUCAAUUCUGCACUCCAUCGAGGCAUUCAGCGGCCUUCUGGACUUUGACCGUCUUCGACACCAGAAGAUUGGCGGCAGCAUCAUGGCAUCACCGUCAGCGACAGCGGCCUAUCUAAUGAACUUGUCCACAUGGGAUGACGAGGCAGAGGGUUACCUCCAUCACGUGGUAGCGGCAGGAGAUGGCAAGGGAAAUGGAGGUGUCCCAAGCGCUUUUCCGUCAACGAAUUUCGAGUAUGCUUGGGUGCUAGCCACCCUUCUGGGAAACGGUUUCAGCGAAGCCAACUUGGGCGCAAGCGACAUUGAACUGGCGAGACAGAUAUUAAGUGGUGGCUUUGCAUCUGGUUCCGGCCUUCUUGGGCUCGCACCAUUGGUCGAGCCCGAUGCCGACGACACAGCCAAAGGAUUGAUUGCCAUGGCAUAUCUGGGACGCAAUAUAUCACCAGAGCGUUUGAUCAGCACAUACAGAGUUGGGGACCACUUCCAGACAUAUGCGGCCGAGAGGGUCCCCAGUAUCACAACCAAUUGCAACGCUCUCAUGGCGAUAUGCCUGAGUCCCCAGGCGGAAGACCACGAAUCUGUCAUCAUAGCAACCACCCAGUUCUUGUGUCAGAACUGGCGGCAAGAUAUGAACCAGUUUCGCGAUAAAUGGCACAUAUCGCCCUUCUACCCCAUCAUGCUGUUGGUACAGUCUUUGAUGCAUGUCCUGAGUCUCUGGAGCCAGUCGGUUCUGACUGCCAUUCCAUCCCGGCUGCUCAGAGAUGUCCUCAUUGUACUCAUCCAGGCGCUUGAGCGUCUGCUCCAGAGUCAGAGGGCCGACGGGUCAUGGGAAGGCAAACAUGAGAUCACCGCGUACGCUAUCAUCUCGCUCAGCCAAAUCGCAUCUCUUCCAGUUUCAAUCCCUCUCGUGACUCAUAUUGAGUCGUGUUUGGAUAAAGGCCGGACCUUCCUCGGACAGGGUCUGGCCAAGGACAUGGAGCCUGAGCAUGUAUGGGUCGAGAAGGUCACUUACGGAUCGCGGAAUCUGCGUCAGUCAUUCAUUCUGGCCGCUUUGAAGUGUGCAAUCUCCGAUGAGCAAGCAUUUUCCCGUAUCCAUGACCUUCUCCCCAGGCCCCUCAAAGCCAUAAUGGAACCCGCUGCGUUCUUCCGCCAGCUUCCAAUGUUCGCAAACAUUCCGAAGUGGGUUAUUACAGCCGCCUUGAUUGAGGGAUCCCUUUACACCCAGACCUUACGUGAGGCGUGUCUGAAGGUAUUCCCCGGAAGCACUACGGCCAAAGAAAGGCAUCUAGCUUUCGGCGGCUCUGGAUUCGUCGUUCCCCCGCGUCGAUGA